CCGUGAUUGAAGGUUGUCCAUUGUUACUACCCUAUAUCCUCUCGUUAGGUGUCAAUUGCAUCUUGUUUCUAUCAGAUAACAUUACGUUUUGUCUUCGAAAGGUGGCGCGUAAUGUCAUUCGAGACUCCACAACACAGAUGUCAUGAAAAGCUCUUAACAUUUUACUGGUCAUGUGGCCUCGUACGACUAACAUUUGACUUCUGUAGAGGGAUCGGAGCAUCUGGUUCUCGGCCGCGGGAAUGCAUCUUCGCCGCGCUCGACGAAACACGACCGCGGCAACAAUCGUUCGCGGCGGUCUUACUUCUGCAGUUUUCACAGUCUACUGGCGCGGCAAUGUUUACGUUUGCUUGUGAUUCGAUAAGGAGACGGGGGCUUUUCACGAGAUUGUGUCUCACCCCACCAUGCCCCGCCGUGACCCUAUGACGACUGAGCGCGAUUCAACAAAAUAAAAACACUCCACUCGUCUCAACUAACAUCUCUCACAACCAUCUGACAUACUCAAACACUUCCAACAUGUCUCUCUCCAACAAGCUCUCUAUCGCAGACGUCGACCUCAAGGGCA